AAUCUCAACCGAUAAUUUGAGAUACUAGAAAUCAUUGGCUAACUUGAGUGGAUAGAGAUAACUAUAUAAGAGAACACAAGAAGAAAAGCAACGGAAAAACAAAAGAAAAUGAAGUGCCCAUACUGUUCGGCGGCGCAAGGUCGUUGCGCCACAACGACCACCGGAAAAUCCAUCACAGAAUGCACAUCUUGCGGCCGCGUCGUAGAAGAACGACAAUCCCAUCCUCACCACGUAUUCCACCUCCGCGCCCAAGACAAUCCCCUAUCUCUAGUCACAUCAGAUCUCCCUCUCCCCACACUCAACCAAGAACAACACACCACCGCCGCCACCACCACCACCACAAACAACGACGAUGAAGAAGACCCGUUCGAACCCACGGGUUUCAUAACUUCCUUCUCUACAUGGUCUUUAGAGCAUAAUCCACUUUACCUUCAAUCAUCACUCUCUUUCUCUGGCUAUCUUGCUGAACUCGAACGCACUCUUGAAUCAUCUACUUCUGCUUCGUCUUCUAGUGUUGUUGUUGAUAAUCUUAGGGCUUAUAUGCAGAUUAUCGAUGUUUCUUCGAUACUUGGAUUAGAUUGUGAUAUUUCUGAUCAUGCUUUUCAAUUAUUUAGGGAUUGUUGUUCUGCUACUUGUUUGAGAAAUCGUAGUGUUGAAGCUCUUGCUACUGCUGCUCUUGUUCAAGCUAUUAGAGAAGCUCAAGAACCUAGAACUCUUCAGGAAAUUUCAAUUGCAGCCAAUGUGGCGCAAAAGGAAAUUGGGAAAUAUAUCAAGAUAUUGGGAGAAGCUUUACAGCUAAGUCAACCUAUUAACAGCAAUUCUAUAUCAGUUCAUAUGCCAAGAUUUUGCACUCUUCUUCAGCUCAAUAAAUCUGCUCAGGAACUGGCUACUCACAUAGGAGACGUUGUGAUCAACAAAUGCUUCUGCACUCGCAGGAAUCCAAUUAGCAUCUCAGCUGCCGCUAUAUAUUUGGCUUGCCAACUAGAAGACAAACGCAAAACCCAGGCCGAAAUUUGUAAAGUAACCGGUCUUACUGAAGUCACUCUCCGUAAAGUGUACAAAGAAUUACUGGAGAAUUGGGAUGAUUUACUUCCCUCUAAUUACACCCCAGCUGUUCCGCCGGAGCGGGCAUUUCCCACAACCUUAAUUGCUUCUGGACGUUCUUCAACAACUAAGGUUGAUGCUAUAGAGGUUAGCUCUUCUCUGGACUCAGAAAAUUUGCCGGAAUUGAAACCAAACAAACCUAAUGAGGUGUCAGUCGUGGUCCAUCAGUCAAGAGGAAAGGAUGAGGCCGAUGGUAAAAGCAAUGCUCAUGCAACCCAUUCCACAGCUAUUCAACAGUCAACUUUUUGGCAAUCCCAACAUCCCAGUGCGACACAAAAUCAUCAAAAUCAGAAUAUUUUAGAAUCAAUGGAUAUUGAUACGUUGCAAUGCAACCACCAACAACCUGAAUCAAUGGUAGAUGUCACAAAUGGUCCUGCUACAGCUAGUUCUCUAAAAUCAAGCCAACUUUACAGUCCUCCUGCUUCGAGUUCAAGCUCUAUUAUGAGAUCGUUUUCAGUUCCUCCUUCAUCUGCUCCUCCAAAUAAUCGACUACUGCAAUCCUCUAAGACAAUGCCAGGUUUUCCAGAGUACUGAGAUGAGUUCCUUCACUUUCCUGUAGGUUACUAACAUAACUCAGUCAGAUAAAUGAAAUGAGUAGGUUUCUUCAGGAGUAUACUAUUGUAUAUAUAUGUAUUGUGUCAUUUGGUUUAUUUCUGAGGUGUAAAUUUUGUUGACUGCUGGAAUUGUUCAUCCCCUACCAUAAGACCCGAUUUAACGCUAACUUGCAUCAUAUUUGCAUUGGAUUUCAUUCCUCAAAACAAGGUAGAUUUGCUUUGAAUGUGAAAACAUUGGAUUCUUGUGUUUUUAUUUUUGGAAUUUGUUUUCUCA